AUGCCUUCGCUCUGUGGCGGAAGCAAGACGGUCCAGCGAAAGCUGGUACUCCUGUGGGUUCUUCCCCUGUCCGCUGCCAAGCGCGGAUCCCGACCCCACAGAUCAAGCGAUCCUUCACAUGCUUCUGCGCUCCUCCGCUACCCUGGCGAUGGUGCUUGCGGAAAGACUUCACUUUUGAACGUCUUUACGAGAGGCUACUUCCCCACGGUCUACGAGCCCACAGUCUUCGAGAAUUACGUCCACGACAUUUUCGUCGACAACGUACACAUCGAGCUUUCUCUCUGGGAUACUGCCGGUCAAGAGGAGUUUGACCGGCUCCGAAGUCUGUCGUAUGAUGACACCGAUCUUAUCAUGCUCUGUUACAGCGUCGACAGCAAAGAUUCCCUCGAAAACGUAGAAAGCAAGUGGGUAGGCGAGAUUGCCGAGCACUGCCCCAACACUAAGCUUGUUCUUGUUGCGCUCAAAUGCGAUCUCCGCGAAUCCGACGAGGAAGAACAAGGCGCCAGCGCCGACGCCGCCCAAGGCGAGAAGAAGCCCAUGAUCAACUACGAACAAGGCCUCGAGGUCGCCCGCCGCAUCAACGCCCUCCGAUACCUCGAGUGUUCCGCCAUGCGCAAUCGAGGAGUAAACGAAGCCUUCACCGAAGCCGCGCGAGUCGCCCUUACUGUGAGGAAGGAGCGCGAGGAUUCUAAAUGUGUCCUAAUGUGA